AUGUGGGAUUAUUUUGAUGAUAAAUGCGUCUUAAUCACCGGAGGAUCUGGCUUCUGGGGACGGCCAUUGGGAGGACGAGGAGCCCUCUAUUCUAAAUGGCGGAAAUUGCUGCCAACGCCAUUCGCAGACAGACUCUGCGAAUCGGACCGUCUUAUCGUUCUGGAUGGCGACAUAACCAAGCCACAUGUCGGAUUAUCCGACUCCCAGGUCGAUAUUGUUCGACAAGAUGUGCAGAUCGUUAUCCAUGCGGCAUCUUCAAUCAACCUCACGUCCAACCUAACCACCCUAACACCGACGGUUAUCAGAGCCACAGAAACAGUAGCCAAGUUUGCCCUCACAUGUCGGGCCUUGACUCGCUUUGUCUACGUUUCGAGUGCAUAUGCAAACGCACACCUAGGUCCUCGCAGCGAAGCAAUCGACGUCCCAAUUUACGAGAAGGUCUACAAUCCUUGCCAGCAAGACACCGCUCUGACCGAGUGGAAGGACGUGCAAAAUAUUGGCACCAGCUGGGUAUACGAAGCAGAGGACUAUCCAUGGGCAUACGCCUAUGCAAAGCAUCUCACCGAGAGACUAUUGUCCCAAUGGUUCGGUGACGCCAGCACAGCAGGAACGUUGCUCAUCAUCCGACCCUCGAUCGUUGGCCCAGCACAAAAGGUUCCCUACCCCGGAUACUGCGUUCCAAGCUCGACACCAUCGACGUCAGCCGCAGCGGCAAUUCUCUUGAGCACAGAUCCAGAAAUGAGGAUCACGACCCGAAGCCCGAAUCCCGAUGCCGAGAUCCAUAUGGACGAAGUCCCGGUCGACGUUGUUGCAGAUCGCCUUCUCAGCCAUCUAGCUGUCGGAACAACCGGUUGCGUCCAUGCAGUAAGCGGAGAACGAGCGCGGAUGAAAUAUCUCGAGUGGUGGGAGUCGAUUAUGCAGCUUCGUCAGAUCCCGUGGAAGUUGAAGCGUACAUGA